CGCGGCGAGCCCCGCCUCCUGGGCCUGGGCGCCGAGCCGCGCGCUCGCCCGCGAGGAUCCAAGCGCGCCGCCGGAGCUGCAGCCGCAGUCUGAAUAGUACGGCACCGCGGCGAUCCGGGAGCCGGGAGCAAGGAGCUGGACCGGAGCGGAACACACAAGCUAUGAUGUCGACCUACAAGCGGGCCACGCUGGACGAGGAGGACCUGGUGGAUUCGCUCUCCGAGGGCGACGUGUACCCCAACGGCCUGCAGGUGAACUUCCGAAGCCCCCGGAGCAGCCAGAGGUGCUGGGCCACACGGACCCAGGUGGAGAAGCGGCUGAUAGUUCUGGUGGCACUUCUGGCAGCAGGACUGGUGGCCUGCCUGACAGCCCUGGGGAUCCAGUACCAGACAAGGACACCCCCAGUGUGCCUGAGUGAGGCCUGUGUGUCAGUGACCAGCUCCAUCUUGAGCUCCAUGGACCCCACGGUGGACCCAUGCCAGGACUUCUUCAGCUAUGCCUGUGGGGGCUGGAUCAAGGCCAACCCUGUGCCCGAUGGCCACUCACGCUGGGGGACCUUCAGCAACCUCUGGGAACACAACCAAGCCAUCAUCAAGCACCUACUUGAAAAUUCCACAGCCAGCGUGAGCGAGGCAGAGAGGAAGGCCCAAGUAUACUACCGAGCGUGUAUGAAUGAAACCAGGAUCGAGGAGCUCAGGGCCAAGCCCCUGAUGGAGCUGAUUGAGAAGCUCGGAGGCUGGAACAUCACAGGUCCCUGGGCCAAGGACAACUUCCAGGACACCUUGCAGGUGGUCACUGCCCACUACCGCACCUCACCCUUCUUCUCCGUCUAUGUCAGUGCCGACUCCAAGAACUCCAAUAGCAACGUGAUCCAGGUGGACCAGUCUGGCCUGGGCUUACCCUCCAGAGACUAUUACCUGAACAAAACUGAAAACGAGAAGGUGCUGACCGGAUACCUGAACUACAUGGUGCAGCUGGGGAAGCUGCUGGGCGGGGGGGACGAGGACGCCAUCCGGCCUCAAAUGCAGCAGAUCCUGGACUUUGAGACAGCGCUGGCCAACAUCACCAUCCCCCAGGAGAAGCGCCGGGAUGAGGAGCUCAUCUACCACAAAGUGACUGCUGCCGAGCUGCAGACCUUGGCACCCGCCAUCAACUGGCUGCCCUUUCUCAACACCAUCUUCUACCCCGUGGAGAUCAAUGAGUCUGAGCCCAUCGUGGUCUACGACAAAGAGUACCUGGAGCAGGUCUCCGUCCUCAUCAACAACACCGACAAGUGCCUGCUGAACAACUACAUGAUCUGGAACCUGGUGCGGAAAACAAGCUCCUUCCUUGACCAGCGCUUUCAGGAUGCUGAUGAGAAGUUCAUGGAGGUCAUGUACGGGACCAAGAAGACCUGCCUUCCCCGCUGGAAGUUUUGCGUGAGUGACACGGAGAACAACUUGGGCUUCGCCCUGGGCCCCAUGUUCAUCAAAGCAACAUUUGCCGAGGACAGCAAAAACAUAGCCAGUGAGAUAAUCCUAGAGAUCAAGAAGGCCUUUGAAGAGAGCCUGAGCACCCUGAAGUGGAUGGAUGAAGACACCCGGAAAUCAGCCAAGGAGAAGGCGGAUGCCAUCUACAACAUGAUAGGCUACCCCAACUUCAUCAUGGACCCCAAGGAGCUGGACAAAGUGUUCAACGACUACACCGCAGUGCCAGACCUCUAUUUUGAGAAUGCCAUGCGGUUUUUCAACUUCUCGUGGAGGGUCACCGCCGACCAGCUGAGGAAAGCCCCCAACAGAGAUCAGUGGAGCAUGACGCCCCCCAUGGUGAACGCUUACUACUCGCCCACCAAGAAUGAGAUCGUGUUUCCAGCCGGGAUCCUGCAGGCACCGUUCUACACCCGCUCCUCACCCAAGGCCUUGAACUUUGGUGGCAUUGGUGUUGUCGUGGGCCACGAGCUGACACAUGCUUUUGAUGACCAAGGUCGGGAGUAUGACAAGGAUGGCAACCUCCGGCCCUGGUGGAAAAACUCCUCAGUGGAGGCCUUCAAGCAGCAGACAGAGUGCAUGGUGGAGCAGUACAGCAACUACAGCGUGAACGGCGAGCCAGUGAAUGGCCGCCACACACUGGGCGAGAACAUUGCUGACAACGGGGGCCUCAAGGCAGCCUAUCGGGCAUACCAGAACUGGGUGAAGAAGAACGGGGCUGAGCAGACGCUGCCCACGCUGGGCCUCACCAAUAACCAGCUCUUCUUCCUGGGCUUCGCACAGGUCUGGUGCUCAGUCCGCACGCCAGAGAGCUCCCACGAAGGCCUCAUCACUGACCCUCACAGCCCUUCCCGCUUCCGGGUCAUUGGCUCCCUCUCCAAUUCCAAGGAGUUCUCAAAACACUUCCACUGCCCGCCUGGCUCACCCAUGAACCCGCAUCAUAAAUGUGAGGUCUGGUAAGGGGCAAAGCACAGGGAGCCAAGGCGGAGGAGGGGAAGGGGCCAAGGACAAAUCCCGAAGACAGGGCUGCCGGUCUGCCCCUCCUGCUGGGCUCCAGGGCACUGCCCAGCCACCUUCCCUACAUGGAGGGAUUGUAGAUGUCAUCUUGCUGCCCGUGAUAGACGCUCUCAGCAUUACCUAGGAUUGGUCCCCCAAAAGACCUGUCAUCCCGGGCAUUUGUGUGCUGACUUAGCGACUUCCAGGUGUCAGGCUGGUGUUUGCCGGGCCUGGGCCCCACACCGACAAGGGCAGUGGGACACAGCCCCUCGCCCACCUCCAGCGCCAGAUAUACCACAAAUACCACUGUGUUGAAUGCUUUAAAGAUAUAUUUUUGGGGAAACUAUUUUUUAAACAUUAUGGAAUACACUGGAAAUCUUCAGGGAAAAAUGCAUUUAAAACUCUUUUUUUUUUAGGAAAGGAUUGGUAUAUUUAUUAUGUUCUGUUUUUCUAAAUAACCUGUGGACAAAGGAAGCCCCCAUUGAGGUACCCCUCACUUUGAGGCUGGGCGGAGGGAGGGACCCCCAGGCCGCUGAGCAGGUGCCCAGAUAGAGCCACUUCAGCCCUUGGAGUAUGCAGUGCAGCUUCUGCCAUCACCUGCACGGACAGGAAAGAGACUGGGGGCCAGGCAGCAGGGGGAGCCAGCUGGGGACCCUGCUCGGAGGCACAGCCCCUGGGAACCCCAACAAGGAAGUUCUGAUCCCCAGUGUCACAGUGGGGGAUUAGUGGCCGCAGUAGAAUGAGGCCAGGUCAGAGCCCUUGAACACAAGCUAAGAGUACCUGAAGACCCUGGUCACCCAGUGGGCUGACCCUCCCCAUCAGACGUACUGCUGUCCAUAGAUGUCCGCUUCCCAACCUCCUGUGUUGGUUGCCCCAUUUCUGUCCCAGGGACCUGUUGCCUCUUUGUAGCAAUCCUCCCAUCCAAGCCACUGCGGAGUCUGCCUUGCUGAUCCUCUUCCCAGGGGAAGGAGAAAAGGGGCAUCAGCUCUCCUUGUCUCCUGCAAGGUCUAAACCCUCCCUCUGAGCUCCACCCCCCACCCCCACCCAGCCUGGCCUGGCUCCAGGCCCGGGUCACUAGUGCCUUAUUAUUGAGGCUGCAGCCCCUGGCACCACCAAGGAAAUAGCCCUGCCCCAGAGGCCCUUAGCCUCCUCAGUGGAGCCCCCAAGUGUCCUGACUGGAACCCCCGUUCCUGGUGCCCACCAGGCCGCCCCUCACUAUCCCCAAGACAGCAGCUCUGGAAGUCAACAGCCACCCUGAACUCCCUGAAAGCUCCAGCCACUGGAGCCCCCUGGGUUGGAUCAAGACAGUACCUGGAAGUGGAGCGCUUCUCUCCUUUGGGGUGCUGUUGGCAAGAAGAGGCUAUAAGGGGAAGGUCCCUCAACCCCAUGCAGCCCGUAGUGUCAGGAACCAGGAAUGUCAUCCCCUCCCUGAAGCUGCACCUUCUCCAACUGAGAUUCCUGGGCUCCACCAGUGGAGCUCAAUGUGGCCCCAAAGCAUGCUGAGGGAAGCCAGCCCCGAGACAGGUAGGCCGCUCAUCAGUGCCGCUGGCCAGGCCCCCAAAGAUGCAUGCCCCUAGCCUAGGAAGCUAGGCUUCUCCUUGCCCACAAAGCAGACAGCCCUGCCAGCCUUGGGUCAGCCUCAGAGCUGGAACAGGGGGUUGGAAGCAGGCUUAUCCGAGGCCCCAGGCACUGCCAGCAAAUUCAAGGCCUGGUAGCUCUUCAGGCGAAAAAUGAGACAGGAAGCAGGAAAGGAGCUGGAGCCCAGUAUCAGCCACACAGGGGUGACCCCUUCCCAGCCCUGGUCCUCUCUGCACCUCCUCUCCCUCCACCUUCUGCCUUCCCCAUGGAGGAAGCAGGCUGGAAAAUGUCAGCACUGCCAUGGAGAAGCCAGUGUCAUUGUGCCCAUUGUUCAGGGUGUGUGCUGGGGAUUGGGAGGUGGCAGGGCCCCAGGGGUGCUGGAUGCAGAGGCAGCUCCAUGAGAGCCUCGCCCCUUAGGCCUGGGAGCCUCUCUAAGCUGCCCCCUCUGCGGGUACACAGUCCUGGGGUUUGGAGCAGGGAAUCUAUUUUUUGUAUUAGGAUGUUUCGUGCUACUGUAGUUUUGUUGUGGCACUAUUGUAAUUAAAAUAAAGUACUUAUACUGGGGCCUUGA